GUUGCAUAUAUUUCUAUUGAAGGCAACCAGCUGUUGCCCAGAAAGCGACUGGAAAAUCGUUUAACUAGCAAUAAUUGUCCGGGUAAACAGUUUUCGUUUUGUGCUUCCAAAAGGCAGUCAAAAUUAAUACUAAAACGAAUUUUGAUAAGAAUUUGCUUUGUGCAUUUUGUAUUGAUAAAGAAUAUAUAUUAGUAUGUUAAAAACUUAUAAAAACCUACGAAUUUGGUGUGUCAUCGGCUUGCUACUUUCCGCAUAUGCGACUUAUGUGGAAGUGAAAGCUGAGCAGGAUGCCGAUUAUGUAGCAAUGUGUGAUUUGAGCGAAAAAGUAAGCUGUACGGCAGUAUUUACGUCAAGUUAUGGGAAGGGCUUUGGUCUUUUACAACAUUUUACAGGUGAUUUGACACCGCCGAAUGGUGUGCUUGGCAUAAUGUUUUACAUAUUUAUGAUUGUCUUAACUUUCGUGGAAAAGCGCCUCGCCAUCGUCACACAAUUAUUCAUUGCAUUGGUGUCUAAUUUUCUCUCAGUGUACCUGGCGUACUUGCUGUACUUUGUACUGGACGAUCUUUGUGUGGUGUGCGUUUGUAUUUAUAUUGUCAAUUUCUUCUGCCUAACGGAGACUUGGCGUAUCUAUAAAUUAAAACACGGGGCGAUUAGUGCCAAGACAUCAGGGAAAACAAAUUGGCACAAAACAUUUGGUUUUAAAAAUGACUAAUAAAAUUCAAAUAAACUAU